AGGAGGAGGAGGUGGUGGAGGAGGAGGAGGAGGAGGAGGAGGAGGGAGAGAAAAGCCAGAGAGAAACUUGUCUUGGGGAUUAAUAGGAGGCAGGAGCAGGGAGAGGUGCGCACAGGAACAACACCCGGACCAUGAGGGCCGCCCUCGCCUUCCUCCUGCCGCUGGCGCUGGCGCUGGCACCGGCGGCGAGCGCGCAGCGCCGCAAACCCCCCCGCAGGCCCACCCGGCCGCCCGCGCCCUUCGAGGAGCCGGCGGAGCCCACGGAGCUGCCCCCUCCCCUCCCUCCAGGCCCCCCGUCCGUGUUCCCCGACUGCCCCCGGGAGUGCUACUGCCCGCCGGACUUCCCGUCGGCGCUGUACUGCGACAGCCGCAACCUGCGCACGGUGCCGGUGAUCCCGCCGCGCAUCCACUACCUGUACCUGCAGAACAACUUCAUUGCUGACCUGCCCGAGGAGUCCUUCCGCAACGCCACCGGCCUCAAGUGGGUCAACCUGGACAACAACCGCAUCCGCAAGGUGGACAGGAAGGUGCUGGAGAAGCUGGAGAACCUCGUGUUCCUCUACAUGGAGAGGAACCAGCUGAAGGAGGUGCCCGCCUUCCUGCCGCCCAACCUGGAGCAGCUGCGGCUCAGCAGGAACCAGAUCUCCAAGAUUCCCGCCGGUGUCUUCAAUAAGCUGGAGAACCUGGUGCUGCUGGACCUGCACCACAACAAGCUGAGCGACGGCGUCUUCAACAAGAACACCUUCAAGGGGCUCAAGAACCUCAUGCAGCUCAACCUGGCCCACAACAUCCUGAGGAAGAUGCCGCCCGGCGUGCCCAACGCCAUCCACCAGCUCUUCCUGGACAGGAACAACAUCGAGGACAUCCCCAGCGAUUAUUUCAAGGAGUUUCCCAACCUGGCCUUCAUCCGGCUCAACUACAACCAGAUCUCGGAUAAGGGGCUGCCCAAAAACUCCUUCAACCUCACCAACCUGCUGGUGCUGCACCUGGCCCACAACAAGCUCACCAACGUGCCCUUCAUCAGCUCCAAGCUGGAGCACCUCUACCUGAACAACAACUCCAUCGAGAAAAUCAACGGCACGCAGAUCUGCCCCACCUCGCUGGUGUCCAUCCAGGACCUGUCUCCCUCCGACCUGGACGGGGUCCCCCGGCUGCGCUACCUGCGGCUGGACGGGAACCUGCUGAAGCCGCCCAUCCCUCUGGACCUCAUGCUGUGUUUCCGCCUGCUGCAGUCCGUGGUGUUUUAGCCCUGCCCCGCCUCUCCCGGGCCCGGCUUUGCUCGGACAUUUCACCCGCGGCAGUUCCACGCGUGGGACCCUCUCUCCUCCGUCUCUCCCCUCUCUCUCCGCGCCUCCCUCCCUCUCCCCGCUCCCCGUCCCUGCGGGGACGCUGGUGGCUCCUCGGGGACCGCUGUCGCCGUGUCCCAGCUGCCACCCGCCCCGGGUCACAGCUGCCACCCGCCCCGGGUCACAGCCCCCCGUCCCUGUCCCCCAGACCCAUCCCGGAGCCGGCUCCGUCCCUCCCUUCGCACCCAGCCGAGUCCCGGGGGGUUGGAUUCGCUCCGGAUGGAGCUGCUGCGCUCGCGGCGUGGAAUUCCCGGUGGAAUUUGGAUUUUGGAGCUGGGGAUGGGCUGGGCUGGCCUUGAGGGCGGGUGGGAUGGGUGGAAGUGGAGGGAGGAUGGACAGUGUGGCCAUCCCGGGGGAUGGGGACACUUUCCUGUCGCCUGGGGGCUUCUGGAGAGCUUUGGCUCCGCGUUUCUCUGGAGGAGGAGGAUCUAAAUCCCUCCUGGAGCUGUGGAUUUGCCGGGAUGGAGCAGGGAGCGUGUCCUGCCUGUCCCACCCCCUGUGUGGGUCACACCUUCCCGCAGCCCCUGGGCAAGACCCGCCCCUUCCCCCUUCAAAUCCCCCAUCCCAAAAUCCUGCACUUUUCCUUGUAAAAUCUGGGAUCAAGGGCCACAUCCAUUGGCUCACAGCCCCAUCCCAAAAUCCUGCACCAUUCCCUGUAAAAUCUGGCAUCAAGGGCACAUGUGUGGGGUCACAGCUCCAUCCCAAAAUCCUGCAUCAUUCCCUGUAAAAUCUGGGAUCAAGGGCACAUCUGUGGGGUCACAGCCUCAUCCCAAAAUCCUGCCCCAUUCCCUGUAAAAUCUUCGGAUACAGAGCCUCAUCCAUGGGGCCACACCCCAAAAUCCUGAACCCUUCCCUCUGAGCUGGGGGGACACAGGGACACAUCCACGGGGUCACAGCCCCAUCCCAAAUUCCUGCACCAUUCCCUGUAAAAUCUGGGAUCAAGGACACAUCCACGGGGUCACAGCCCCAUCCCAAAAUCCCGCACCUUUCCUUGUAAAAUCUGGGAUCAAGGAUGCAUCUGUAGGGCCACAGUCCCAUCCCAGCAUCCUGCACCAUUCCCUGUAAAAUCUGGGAUCAAGGACACAUCUGUGGGGUCACAGCCCCAUCCCAAAAUCCUGCACCUUUCCUUGUAAAAUCUGGGAUCAAGGAUGCAUCUGUAGGGCCACAGUCCCAUCCCAGCAUCCUGCACCAUUCCCUGUAAAAUCUGGGAUCAAGGACACAUCUGUGGGGUCACAGCCCCAUCCCAAAAUCCUGCCUCUUUCCCUGUAAAAUCUGAGGAUUCAGGAUCACAUCUGUGGGUUCACAGCCCCAUCCCAAAAUCCGGCACCUUUCCCUCUGAGAUCUGAGGAUUCAGGCCCAAAUCCAUGGCUCAGUUUCUCUCUGAAGCCAAUCACACAUGACUGGUUUUGCCUUUUUUUUUUUUUUUUUUUUUCCUAUUAGAAAUAAAAGAAAGGGAAAAGAAAAGGGGAGAAUUAUCCUUUGGAAGAGCUAUUUUUAUCCCUUCUCUCCCCUGUCCUCACAUGUAUCGCUUCCCCCUUCCCUAGCUGUACCUGCAUUUAUAGGGUGUCCGGGUUUAGGGGGGAUUAUUCUCUUCUUUUCUUCCCGAGUCUCAGGAUUUGGAUUUAAAGGCCGAGCAUUAGAGAGGGAAAAAAAAAAAGAAAAAAAAAAUCAAAAUCCAACUGCAACGAGCAUUAAAUAAACCAAAGAAAUCUCCUUUGUGUCCAGCCAGCAGAGCUGAUGGGCACCGUGUCCUUCUCCCUGUGGAGGGCACAGGGAUGCUCCCCUUUUUUUCCAGUCAUUAAAACCUCGUGCUAAUUAAGGCGGGUUUUUUUUAUUCCCUGACUAUAAAAUCUCCUUUCCAGCUCUCCCUGCUGGGUGGGACAGAUUUCAGCCCUAAACCCGGACAGAGCCCCCUCCCUGGAUUUAUAUAUAUUUAUAUCUGAUGUGUAUAUAGACUGGUAGAAUGUACAGAUAUUCCUAGAGCCACGUGUACCUCCAGACCCGGCCACUUUUAUGGGAUUUUCACUCCCACUCCCUGCAGCAGUGGAAAUAAAAUCAUUCACAAGGGACCUGAGAGCCUCUCCCU